AGCUUUUGAAGCUUAUAGAAAAAAAAGCUUGUUUAAUAGCAAAUAAUUAAGUAAUGAAGACUGGAAUAGGAAGGCUAAAACUACACUACAUGGACGAUGUAAGACAACUUAAGAACUUUAACAUUUAUAGGAUAGAGACGUAAAGCUCUUGAUUCAUGAAGGAUAUCUUUAAGGAGAGUUAAGCUCUCACAGAGUUGUUUGAACUGAAACAUCGUUCACAAUUCCAUGGCGACAAGAAGCUGCAGGAACAUCAAUUAAUGUUUUUAGAGAAGAUCUAAAAGAAAAAUUUUCGUGUAAAAAACUCAUCAAACCAAAUUAAAUGGGCAGAUUCUCUGGUUAUUACCGACACUUUCGGCUAUGACGUCCCGUCGAUCAGCGAACUGCUUGUGCAGAUUGAAAAAAGUGAAUCAAGACCUCUUCAGGAGCGGAUCUACGGUUAUCGGCGAAACUGAAAUCGGCGGUGUACGAACGAUUUAUGAAAAAUGGUUGAGUGAUCCUAAAAACGUGCCUGCUCCUUGGGAUUCAUUUUUCAAGUCAAUCUCCCAUUACGAUCGCACGAAAAUCAAAUCGAAAUCGCUGGCCGAAGUCGGGAAAAUUAAGAAAAAAGAAAAAGUUCAAAAGCGAGAUGAAAGAGAGAUCAAUUUGAAACAAUUUUUAUUGGUGCAACAAUUAAUUCGAAGCUAUCAAAUUCGUGGACACUACUUUGCCAAAUUAUAUCCAAAUUUAAGCGAAAAAAAUGCGAUUGCCGAAGAGGAACAUAAAACUUUAUUGAAGAAAGUUAAAUCCGAAUUAAAAUUGAAUAAUUUAUUUGCAUUACCGUCACCGACAACUUAUAUAAGCGGAAAAGAAACGCGUUUGAGUCUAUUUGAAAUCAUCAAUCGUUUAGAAGAUACUUAUUGUAACUCGAUAGGGUUAGAAUUUAUGCACAUGAAUAGUUUUACUCAAUGCGAUUAUUUACGCAAAGAAUUCGAAACUCCCAACAUUUUCAAUUUAACGAAAGACGAGAAAAGAUUAUUAUUUUCAAGAUUAACCCGUACAGCUUGCUUUGAAAAAUUUAUAAACACAAAUUGUCCAAGUACCGGUGGAUUAAACAGUUUGGAAGGUUGCGAAAUGUUAAUUCCCUGCAUCAGAAUGAUAAUCGAUCACAGCUCCUCAUUCGGCGUUGAUCAUUACGUUUUUGGAAUGGCACAAAAAGGGAGAUUAAACGUUUUAGCAAACAUCUUCGGAGUUCCUUUGGUGAAACUGAUGGGUUAUCUCCAUCAAAACGAAUUCUUCACGUCUUAUUUAGGGACAGAUCAAGUCAAAUUGGAUACAAAUUCGAAUAAAAAAACGAGAUUAACCAUGAUGGUUGGGCCAAACAACAUGAACAUCAUGGCUCCCAUUACGUUGGGGAGAUCCAAAAUUGAGCAAUUGUUCAAAACGGAAAACGAAAUCCUUCCGAUUUUGAUUCAUCAAAACACCGAUGUUUUGGGUUCCGAAAUUUACGCGUUAACCUGUUCAUCUGGGUCUAAUACAGGAGGAACUAUUCAUAUUGUUUUGAAUAAUUUCAAUUUGGAAUUCCAAUCGCAAUUCUUCUCAAAUUUAGCAAAAACGAUAGAUGCACCAAUUUUCCACGUUGACGCAGAAGAUCCAGAAGCUGUUCAAAGAGUGGCUAUAAUAGCAUCUGAAUGGAGGAAUCGUUUCAAAAAGGAUUGCAUAAUUAAUUUAAUGUCUUCCAACGAAAUUAAAUUCGACGAUUUGAUGGGAUUAAACCCGAAUGCCCCGCUAAAGAUUAAAUGCAAAAAAAGCAAACCAGAUGUUGUUCAAAAAUACUUUAAUCGCCUGAGUAAAGAAGGCGUAAUCACCGAAAAUUUAAUUUCGGAAUACACGGAUAAAUAUCAACAGCUUUUAAAAACGGCUUUUGAAACUUCUAAAGAUUUAGGCACGCAUGCUGUUGGUUCAUGGAUUGAUACUCCGAAAUUAGCUGGUUUUAACAAACCAGGUGAUAUUCCUUCAACGGGGAUUGAAGAAAACGAAAUUAUGUCCAUCGGUAUGAUUCAUUCUUCACCACCCCUCGGCGACUUCGUAGUCCACAGCGAAAUCGAAAGCCUCUUUAAACGUCGCACCUCACUUCUUAAAAAGAAAAAUGUUAAUUGGUCUUUAGCAGAAGCGAUUGCUUUUGGAUCAUUGUUAAAAGCAGGAAUUCAAGUUCGUUUGAGUGGAUCGAUUCAGGAAAAUAUGUGGAAAAAUCGCCAUUAUGUUAUUCAACAUCAAAAAAAGGAAAACAUUUCUUACACUCCAAUUGAUUUCGUUGAUCCAGCCCAAGCGAAAUUUUCCAUUCAAAAUCAGCAUCAUUCUUCAUCUCAAGAAGCAAUUUUAGGAUUUGAAAUCGGUUACUCUCAAUGCGACCCCAACGUUUUAGUCGUUUGGAACGCAAAAGAUGAUUCUUCCGGUAUCCCCCAAGCUGUAAUUGACGAAUAUUUAUCUUGUGGGAUAGAAAAGUGGAAAAAGCCGUCCGGAAUUGUUUUAAAUCUUCCUCACGGAAGAAACGUUACCACGAUUUCAUCGUGUUCAUUUCGCCCAGAACGAAUUCUCCAACUCUGCGCGAACGAUGAUGUGAUGGAAUUUGAUUACAAAAAGCAAUUAUUCGAAUGCAAUUGGAUUGUAACUUAUCCAACAACGCCAGCGAAUUUUUUCCACGUUCUUCGCAGACAAAUUUUGAUGCCGUUUAGAAGACCGUUAAUAAAUUUGUUACCUAGAAAUUUAAUAGCAAGCGACGCAAACAUCAGCUAUUUCGACGAAUUCAAAACUAACUCAACCUUUAAACGGAUUAUCACCGAAAAGGUCGAAGAUCCAGCUAAAAUAAAAGCGGUCGUUUUUUGUUGCGGGAAAGUGUUUUACGAAUUCGACGCGAUUCGCCAAAAAGAAAAUAGAGAUGACGUCACUUUUAUAAGAAUCGAACAGAUCUAUCCGUUCCCUUACGAUCUAAUACAAGCGGAAAUCGCUAAAUAUCCGAAAGCUAAGUUCGUUUUUGCGCAAGAAGAACCGAGAAAUAUGGGCUUUCAUCAAUAUUGUAGUCGCAAACUUAAAAACAUUUUGAAAAAUGAUCUGUUUAAAGUUAUAACCACACCCGCUACACUUCAUACUCAUUAUGACAUUUCCUCCGAUGAUUACAUCAAAAAUCAAAAAAUGAAAAUGGAUCUUAUGUCACAAAUAGAAAAUGAUCAUAACUUACCGUUAUAAUUUAAUUUUGAUUUAUGUGUGGGGUGUAAAGUUACAUUAAAUAAAUUAUAAUGUAAAAUAAUAA